AUGCACGCUCAACAGGCCACAUCAGGCCCUUUUGGAAAAACAGGUCAGUUUUAUUUCUACCGGAAAGAAAUUGGAACCAAGCAUUUCAAUUAUGGGAUAAGGUGUUCUCAUUCCGAAGGGGAGGAACAUCUAGAAACUCCUUCUGCUAAAAAAUUAACAGAUAUAGGAAUUAGAAGAAUCUUCUCUUCAGUGCAUGACAUUUUCCAGGAAAGUGUAAGGAAGUUUCUUCAAGAAGUAAUUCCUCAUCACGCAGAAGCACAUUCAUAUUGUAGAGGCCCAGGUUUUAGUCUUCAUUCACAUAUUGUCAUGCCCUAUAUUGUAGACUACAGCUCAGAAGAACUGAUUCAGCACUUCAUCCCCCAGAUGACGGCGGGCAAAUGUGUUGGUGCCAUAGCAACGACAGAGUCAGGGGCUGGAUGUGAUUUGCAAGGAGUGAGAACAAAUGCCAAAAAACAUGGAAGUGACUGGAUUCUCAGUGGGAGCAAGGUAUUCAUCACUAAUGGGUGGCUAAGUGGCUUUGUGAUGGUAGUGGCAGUCACAGAUAGUGAAGAUCACUCUCCCAUCCAUGGCUUUCGCCUUUUUCUGGUGGAAAAUGGAAUGAAAGGAUUUCUCAAGGGACGAAAGCUGCAUAAAAUGGGACUAAAAGCCCAGGAUACUGCAGAAUUAUUCUUUGAAGAUGUACGGUUGCCAGCUAGUGCCCUACUUGGAGAAGAGAAUAAAGGCUUCUAUUACCUCAUGCAGGAGCUUCCACAGGAAAGGCUAUUGGUUGCUGACUUGGGAAUUUCAGUCAGUGAAUUCACAUUUGAAGAAAUGAGGAACUACGUUAAACAAAGAACUUUUGGGAAAACAGUUGUGCAUAUACAGAUGGUGCAGCAUAAGCUAGCAGAAUUAAAAACACACAUUUGUGUAACCAGAGCUUUUGUGGACAGCUGUCUCCAGCUGUGUGAAGUGAAAUGUCUGGCCUCUGCUACUGCUUCCGUGGGGAAAUAUUGGGCAUCUGAGUUACAAAACAGCGUAGCUUAUGACUGACAGCUCCACGGAGGCUGGGGAUACAUGUCGGAGUUCCCAGUCGCAAAAGCUUAUGAGGAUGCCCCGGCUCAGCCAAUGUAUGGUACCAAUGAAAUAAUGAAGGAACUGAUUGCAAGAGAGAUCGUCAGGGACAAGUAGACGUCUGCCCACAUCCUGGAAUCCUAUUACAACUAAUCUGGUUUUAAAUCUACUCAAGAUAAAAUGCAACCUGGAAAGGGAGGAAACACUAAACAUGUUUUUGUAUGCUCUUUCUAUAGGGAAAGAAAUCAAAUGCAAACAGAAGAUUAACU